AUGGAGCCUGCAGAUUGGGCAAAUUUAGAUGCACUUGCUCUUAGUUUGAUUCUUGACAAUUUAGAAGAACGAAUAGAUCAUAUUUGGUUCGGUGCCGUGUGCAAGAGUUGGCGGUCAACUGCAAAAAUUCACCAUCAAAACCACCAAUUCAAGAGCAAUGUACUGCCUAUGCUAAUGUUUCAUGCCGAAGGAGAGACAAGAUUAUAUAGCAUCCCAGGUGAAAGAAUGUACUCCUUCCCAUACUUUGAAAUUCCUAUGCGUGAAUGUAUGUCUUUAUAUGGCUUCCACCAUGGUUGGUUUGCAACACAAAAUACUGAAUCUAGAGGCAUAACUCUACGAAAUCCCUUUAAGAAUGUAGCUCCUAUUCAUUUGCCACCUCCAACACCAAGAAGUUAUAAAUACUGCACUGUUUACAAAGUGACUUUGUCUGCUGACCUCAUAACAAGUGGGAAUGAUUAUGUUGUCGCCGCAGUUUAUAACGGCCUUAUCUAUUUCAAAAGAGAAAGCCAAAAGUGUUGGACUAUAGUAAAUAUUCAUUUGCAGGCAAGCGACAUACCCUCGGAAUGCUUCUUCACUGCUAUUUUAUUCCACAAAGGUUUGAUAUAUGCGGUGAAUGAAAUGAAUAACAUUAUGUCUUUUGAUCCUUUUAGUAAUGAGAAGACAACUCCAAAUAUGGUGUUGCAAGGAAGCUACGACAAGGAUAAUGAUAUUGGUAAUGUUAUUCAUGAUGCGUUUAGCUAUAAUUAUCUGGUGGAAUCAUUAGAGGGAGAUUUGUGGUUGGUGAGAAGAUUAUCAGAUCGUGAAGGUCUGGGUGCACGUUACAAAUUCCAGGUGUAUAAAUUGGAGGAGCAAAAUGGAAAGCUUGUGCGGCUUAAAAGUUUGGGAGACAAUGUUUUGUUUGUGGAUAAAUUUGCAUCGUUCUCGGUGUCUGCUUCAUAUUUUUCUAAUUGCCUUCAAAAGGAUUCUAUUUACUACCACCCUCAUAUUCAGUCAUCAAUGGAGAUUUAUUUUAGUAUCUAUAACGUAAAGGAUGGAAGCUGUUUUCAUCAUUACGCUGACUUCAGGGAACGACCUGCACCAUUUACAUUUUGGAUUCAAGCAUCAUUCCAAUGGGAUUGA